AUGAAGUCAUAUCUCUUGACGGUUUUGAUUGGAUUAUCGCAUGCACUCUAUGAGAGUAAUCAUGAUGUGAUCCAAUUGACAAAAUCGAAUUUUAACAGUAAAGUGUUGAAAAGCGAUGAAAUAUGGAUUGUUGAAUUUUUUGCGCCAUGGUGUGGUCAUUGUCAAAAAUUAGUUUCGGAAUAUACGAAACUAGCAAAAGCAGUGAAAGGUAUUUUCAAAGUUGGAGCAGUGGACAUGACGCAAGAUGAGUCAGUGGGUGCACCCUAUAAUAUACAGGGCUUUCCUACAAUCAAAAUAUUUAGUGGUGAAAAGAAGACUCCAGUGGAAUACCAAGGUUCUCGAACGGCGCAAGCGAUGGCAGAUUCAUUAAUAAGUGAAGCUCGAAAAAUAGUAAAUACGAAACUGGGUAUUAGCGAUUCAAGCAAAUGGGGUAGUUCUAAUGAUAAGAAAGGUAGCGGUAAACAUGUGAUUGAACUGACCGAUAAAAACUUUGAGGACUUAGUGCUUCACAGUAAGGAUAUUUGGCUUGUGGAAUUCUUCGCACCUUGGUGCGGUCAUUGUAAAGCUUUGAAACCACAUUGGGAAAAAGCCGCUGAGGAAUUGGUUGGUAAAGUAAAGGUUGGUGCUUUGGAUGCAACAGUACAUCAAGUGAUGUCGUCACGUUUCGGUAUCAAAGGUUUUCCAACAAUCAAAUAUUUCGCACCAGGUUCAAGCGCUAGUGAUGCUGAAGAUUACGUUGGCGGACGAACUAGUGAUGACAUUGUUCAGUAUGCACUCAACAAGGUUGCUGAAAAUAUGCCAGCACCAGAAGUUAUGGAAGCAGUUUCACAGGAAAUUGUCGAUAGUGCUUGCAAAGAAAAGCAGCUCUGUAUAAUUGCUGUAUUGCCACAUAUUCUUGAUUGCCAAAGUACCUGUCGAAACGACUAUUUAGAAGUCUUGAAAGAAUCGGCGAAAAAAUUCAAACGAAAUAUAUGGGGCUGGGUAUGGACAGAGGCAGGUAAACAAACUGAAUUGGAGAAAGCAUUUGGCAUGGGUGGUUUCGGUUAUCCAGCUUUGGCAGCAUUGAGCUAUCGUAAAAUGAAGUUUUCGAUGUUAAAAGGUUCAUUUGGUGCUUCCGGAAUCCAAGAAUUUUUAAGAGAUCUUUCUUAUGGUAAAGGUCAGACGUCACCGAUGAAAGGUGCAGAAUUCCCGAAUGUCUUAAAUGUAGAACCAUGGGACGGCAAAGAUGGCGAGAUGCUCAUUGAAGAAGAUAUCGAUGUUUCAGAUGUUGACUUGGAUGAGGAAGAGAAGGCGAAGAAAACUGAAUUGUAG